AAGAUUAAACUGUUGACAUUUGAUGCUGUCAAUACGUUAAUAAAAGUGAGUCCUUGUCCGUUCAAACAGUAUUACGAAGCAGCAAAACAGAAUGGCUAUCCUGUUGCCAUAGAAAAAAUCAGUGAAGCCUAUGGGCCUACCUGGAAGACACUGAAAUUGAAAUAUCCCAACUACGGUCUCAAUCAAGGUAUAAAGAGCAGACAGUGGUGGGAGAUGUUCAUAAAAAAUGUUUUUGAUGAAGCUGGUUACACUGUGCCAGAUGAUUUGAUGUGCAAAAUUGUAAAUCAACUUUAUCAUAAUUUUGGUACUAAUCAAAGUUGGAAAGUUAUAAAUGAUGUCAAAAAAAUGUUGAAUGAUUUAAAAAAUGCAGGAUUCAAAUUGGCUGUUGUGUCUAACUUUGACGAAAGAUUACCUUCCGUCUUCAAAGCAUUAAAUUUGUAUCAAUAUUUUGAUUUGUUGGUCAAUUCAAGGAUAGCAAAAUCAGAAAAACCAGAUACCAAAAUUUUUUUGUACACUUUGGAGCUUGCCAAUGUGAGGCCAGAAGAGACGGUUCAUAUUGGAGAUGACUAUUGUGAGGAUUUCAUUCCAGCACAACAAAUUGGCAUACAACCUUAUUUG